AUGGCUGUUGCCACCAAGGCGCCUGUCAAGCUCGCUGGCGGCGGGCUCAAGACAUACUACCAGAACAAGAUCGAGGCGACCGAGCAUGAGAUCACGAAGAAGACACAGAACUUGAGGCGACUGGAAGCGCAGCGCAACACGCUGAACACGCGGGUACGCCUCCUGCGUGAGGAGUUGCAAGUGUUGCAGGAGCCUGGAAGCUAUGUCGGCGAGGUUGUCAAGGUCAUGGGCAAGAAGAAGGUGCUGGUCAAGGUCCAGCCUGAGGGCAAGUACGUUGUCGACUUCUCGCCCGACAUUCCUAUCUCGUCCCUCACGCCCAACCUGCGUGUCGCGCUGCGUGCCGACUCGUACUUACUGCACUCGAUCCUGCCAAACAAGGUCGACCCACUCGUCUCGCUCAUGAUGGUCGAGAAGGUCCCGGACUCGACGUACGAGAUGGUCGGUGGUCUUGACAAGCAGAUCAAGGAGAUCAAGGAGGUCAUCGAGCUGCCUGUAAAGCAUCCGGAGCUGUUCGAGAGCCUCGGUAUCGCCCAGCCCAAGGGUGUCUUGCUCUACGGACCGCCCGGUACCGGCAAGACGCUGCUCGCGCGUGCUGUGGCGCACCACACCGACUGCCGCUUCAUUCGUGUGUCUGGCUCUGAGCUCGUGCAGAAGUACAUCGGUGAGGGUUCGCGGAUGGUGCGCGAGCUGUUCGUCAUGGCGCGGGAGCAUGCGCCGUCGAUCAUCUUCAUGGACGAGAUCGACUCGAUCGGCUCGUCGCGUGGCGGUGAGGGCGGUGGCGGCGGCGACUCGGAGGUGCAGCGUACGAUGAUGGAGCUGUUGAACCAGCUCGACGGAUUCGAGCCGACCAAGAACAUCAAGGUGAUCAUGGCGACGAACCGUAUCGACAUCCUCGACUCGGCGCUGUUACGACCAGGGCGUAUCGACCGUAAGAUCGAGUUCCCCCCACCCAACCCCGAGGCCCGUAUUACCAUUCUUAAGAUCCACUCGCGCAAGAUGUCGCUCCAGAGGGGCAUCAACUUCCGCUCGCUCGCCGAGAAGAUGGGCAACUGCUCAGGUGCCGAGGUGCGUGGUAUCUGCACGGAGGCGGGCAUGUACGCGCUCCGAGAACGCCGCCAGUAUGUUGGCCAGGAAGACUUUGAAAUGGCUGUUGCCAAGGUGCUGAAGCGCGGUGCCGAGACCAACACGAGUGUCGGCAAGCUGUUCAGCUGA